UUGCUCUGGAGCCAGACAGGACACCAGAGAAUUCACUUGCAUUUGCUUCCCGCUGGCCAUGAGUGAGCUGCCCUUUCUGAGUCCAGAGGGAGCCAGAGGGCCUCACAUCAACAGAGGGUCUCAGAGCUCCCUGGAGGAAGGCUUGGUUACAGACUCAGAGGCUCGGCACAGCUUAGGUGUCCUGAAUGUGUCCUUCAGCGUCAGCAACCGUGUCGGGCCCUGGUGGAACAUCAAAUCAUGCCAGCAGAGGUGGGACAGGAAAAUCCUCAAAGAUGUCUCUUUGUACAUCGAGAGUGGCCAGACCAUGUGCAUCUUAGGUAGCUCAGGCUCAGGGAAAACCACGCUGCUGGACGCCAUCUCUGGGAGGCUGCGGCGCACAGGGACCUUGGAAGGGGAAGUGUUUGUGAAUGGCUGCGAGCUGCGCAGGGACCAGUUCCAAGACUGCGUCUCCUACGUCCUGCAGAGCGAUGUCUUUCUGAGCAGCCUCACGGUGCGGGAGACGCUGAGAUACACGGCGAUGCUGGCUCUCCGCAGCAGCUCCGCGGACUUCUAUGACAAGAAGGUAGAGGCAGUCCUGACAGAGCUGAGUCUGAGCCACGUGGCAGACCAAAUGAUUGGCAACUCUAAUUUUGGGGGGAUUUCCAGUGGCGAGCGGCGCCGAGUGUCCAUCGCAGCCCAACUCCUUCAGGACCCCAAGGUCAUGAUGCUUGACGAGCCAACCACAGGACUGGACUGCAUGACUGCAAAUCAGAUCGUCCUCCUCUUGGUCGAGCUGGCUCGCAGGAACCGCAUUGUAAUCGUCACCAUCCACCAGCCUCGCUCUGAGCUCUUCCAUCACUUCGACAAAAUUGCCAUUCUGACUUACGGAGAGUUGGUGUUCUGUGGCACACCAGAGGAGAUGCUCGGCUUCUUCAACAACUGUGGUUACCCCUGUCCUGAACAUUCCAAUCCCUUUGAUUUCUACAUGGACUUGACAUCAGUGGACACCCAAAGCAAAGAGCGGGAGAUAGAGACGUACAAGCGAGUCCAGAUGCUGGAAUCCGCCUUCAAGCAAUCGGACAUCUGUCACAAAAUCCUGGAGAACAUUGAAAGAACAAGACACCUGAAAACCUUACCCAUGGUUCCUUUCAAAACGAAAGAUCCUCCCGGAAUGUUCCGCAAGCUCGGCGUUCUCCUGAGGAGAGUAACGAGAAACCUAAUGAGGAAUAAGCAGGCGGUGAUUAUGCGUCUUGUUCAGAAUCUGAUCAUGGGUCUGUUCCUCAUUUUCUACCUUCUCCGAGUCCAGAACAACAUGCUGAAGGGCGCUGUUCAGGACCGCGUAGGGCUGCUGUACCAGCUCGUGGGUGCCACGCCGUACACCGGCAUGCUCAACGCUGUGAACCUCUUUCCCAUGCUGAGAGCUGUCAGCGACCAGGAGAGUCAGGAUGGCCUGUACCAGAAGUGGCAGAUGCUGCUCGCCUAUGUGCUGCAUGCUCUCCCCUUCAGCAUCGUUGCCACGGUGGUUUUCAGCAGCGUGUGUUACUGGACUCUGGGCUUGUAUCCCGAGGUCGCCAGAUUUGGAUACUUCUCCGCCGCUCUGUUGGCCCCUCACUUAAUUGGAGAAUUUCUGACACUUGUGCUGCUUGGUAUGGUCCAAAACCCCAAUAUUGUCAACAGCAUAGUGGCUCUGCUGAGCAUUUCUGGGUUGCUCAUUGGAUCUGGAUUUAUCAGAAACAUAGAAGAAAUGCCCAUUCCUUUAAAAAUCCUGGGUUACUUUACAUUCCAAAAGUACUGUUGUGAGAUUCUUGUGGUCAAUGAGUUCUAUGGCCUGAACUUCACUUGUGGUAACUCCAACACUUCUGUGCUAAAUAACCCAAUGUGUUCCAUCACCCAAGGGAUCCAAUUCAUUGAGAAAACCUGCCCAGGGGCCACGUCCAGAUUCACGGCAAACUUCCUGAUCUUGUACGCGUUCGUCCCGACUCUUGUCAUCCUGGGGAUAGUGGUCUUUAAAGUCCGGGACUACCUGAUUAGCAGAUAGGUAAGAUGGCAGGCAGGAAAGGGUUAAUGGGCAGGCUUGCCCACUGAGCACAGAGAAGUACUGUCUUCUAAUCAUCAUGGUUCCAUCUGUGACCCUGGCAUCUAUGCAGAGCCUCAAGGGCUCCGAGAACUCACCGUCCUUUGCUAGUCCAGCUUAUGGAGCAGUGUGGUGCGUGGACAUUGUGACUGAACUGGUCCAAUGAUGUAAAUAAUACUAAUAAUAAUUCAGAAACCAAAGGACAUUAGCUUCACUACGUGUUUUUUCUAGACACAGAAAAAAUAAGCCUGUUUUAAAAAAAUUAUGUUUACAUUUGAUAAAGAAUUUGAUAAAAGUACAAUAAAUGUGUAUGAUUACUGACUGUUCUGGGUUUGACUGAGAAGGCCUCCUACAGAAGAGGGUAAGGAGCUUCCACUGCUGUUUAUCACCCCCUCCCCCACCCCUGCC